AUUAAAAUUUGAAACAUAAUAAGCUUCUAAACAAGGUCAACAGUUUUCAUCAACUGAUCGUGAACAAAAUAAUUAAAAAUAUCUGUGUAUUAUGAUUGUGGUUCUAAAGAAUGUACCUUUUGCGUUUCUAAACCAUCAAAUCAAGUCUCCGUGUCCGCGAAAAUGAUCUGUACUUUGUUUUUCGCAAUCACAACGUUACAUGAACAUGGAUGACCUAAAAUGCGAAUAUGUGAAGAGAAAAAGAUGUUUGGGACAGACAAAAAGUGUAAAUUAAAGAUUUGAUAAUGUUCACCCUAGUUACUUGUCAGUAGAAUUCAACGUAUUCACUUCCUCAAUCUUGAUCUGUGUUUUGUUCGUACUCAAAGGUGAAAAUGUGAUGUGUCAAAUUGAUUGUUUACCUCGGGACAGGUGAGUGGAUUGUAGAAGUAGUACGUCAGGGCGGCGGGAGGCGGGCGGCAUGUCUGGUCGGUCAAGCCCCGUGAAUGGCGGCUACGAGUCCGCAAGGCUCACCGUCCGUAAAGAUCUGUUCCCUGAUGUGAGGGUUCCAAAACUAGGAGCUUCUUCCAAGGACGAUUUAGACGAAAUAGAAACUGAUGAAUCAGCGUCUGGCGUGAAGCUUGAGACUGAUUUCGAGCAAAGCAUUGACGAAAUUGCCAAUAAAAAGGUUCAGGCCAAUGGGGUCCAGCCGCCUCCUAGAACCCGCCAUAAGAAACACAAGCAGCGUUCCCGGCGAGAUACUAAACAUACCACUCUUAAUGGGUAUCUACCCACAGAAAGUAAACGUAAAAAACACCGACAUAGAACUCGUUCAAUGAACAAUACAGUGCAAAUUAUUAGUGGAAAAAACUUAAGCUUAGUGAGUAGUAGUAAGUAUCGGGAUUAUGAUGAAGAAAUGCAAGAUGCAGAGGAAGAACAACGAGUUGAGGAGGAGGAGGAAGAUGUGGAGGAAGUGCCUGAACAAGAAGAAAGUUCAGACGAUGAAGUGCUCAAGUGCAGUGUUAAGUUACCAUCAGUAAUAUGUAUGCAGCGUCAAAGUGGCAAACCAUAUAGUCAUGAACUUAGUCAAUUAUCUACCAAGAAGAGUAAAAAAGAUUCGAAAGAAAGAAGAACUCAUGCAAUCACACCUUGUAGUGGCAAACCCCGCUCAAUGUUAAAUAUUUGUUCACGCAGUAAAAAGAAAGCAAGGAAGACAGAGUCAACUACCACUUAUCAAAGCCAAAUUAUAGAUACAAAUUCUAUUAAAAUUAAAAUACGAAGAACAAGUUUACAUGAACCUAAAAUUACACCAGUUCCUGUCCCGGUCUUAGACGUUAGCCAGAGAAAGUCUAAAAAGAGGCGAACUAUUUCACCGGUUGCCAGUGAGAGCUCCGGUGAAGAAUACGAUCCUUCACGCGGUGAUACCGCAGCAGCCAUGAGUGUCGCCGCACCGAAACCCCGGCAUCCACGUCCUAAAACUCCCAAGACUCGUAAAUCUAACACCAAUAAAAAAAAAAAAGAAAAGACUGAAAGAAAUAGAAUAAGUGCGGUGCAAAAUAAAGACACAGGACCACAAAGUCCAUGGGGAAUGUCAAUGCCUCGUGAAGUGCUUUUGAAGAUAUUUGAUUAUGUGAUCUCUUCACUCGGCACGUUACCAUCUGUAAUAAGAUUAGGUAGAGUUUGUAAAUUAUGGCACAGCGUUAGUUGCACGCCAGAUCUGUGGAAGAGCGUUGAUCUUGCGCAAUACACGAUCGAGAAAUGUAAAACAGAUUAUAAACUGGUCUGGCUCCUCGAAAAUCGUUUAUCUCAAUGUCAAAGCUUAAAUAUUGCUCAAUGGAAGGUCUGCAACAUAGGCUGGGUGUUGACGAGCGUGGCGGAAUGCUGCCCGAACCUGACCGAGCUCAGCGUGGCAGGCUGGAGUCGAAUAACAGCCGAACAACUGUACGAAAUACUUAGAUCCUUACCAAAUUUACAAAGAUUGGAUCUAUCAUUUGCGUCCGAAACCGGCGGCUCGGGUUCGUGUCUCACGGCGGCUUCGAUGGCACGUGUGUGUGAAAACUUCGGCGAGCGACUCACGCAUCUCACUCUGGCGAACAACAAGUUCACAGCCUUGUCUCAGAUACUUUCCUCUGUUGCGGCGCACUGUAAGAAUCUGGAAGUGUUGGACAUAUCCGGAGCUCAGGCCACGACGCACCCGGCGGCCGUGCCCCUCGAAGCCCUGCAGAAGGGCUGCCCAAAGAUGAGAGUCUUCAGAGCGGCCAACGCGCAACUGAUUUUGGCGUCCGCGACAACGUCACAACAGAUGGAGACGGACGGCUGGACGCAGCUGGAGGAGCUGUCGGUGGCGGGCGAGGCGGCGGCGGAGCGCGUGGCGGUGGGCGAGUACCGGCUGGGGGACGACGCGCUGAGCCGGCUGGUGCGCGGCGCCACGCGGCUGCGGCUGCUGGACCUGCGCGGCCUGCAGCGACUGUCCGACUCCGGCCUCGUGCGCGUGCCGGCCUGGGACCUGCAGCAUCUCUUCCUUGGAGGCUGUAACGUGACGAGGCAAAGCAACGCGUGUCUGGAGUUGAUCUGCGAGAAGUGGUCGCACAGCCUGCUGGAGCUGGACCUGUCGUGGGCGUCGGCGGCGCGGGUGCUGGACGACGCCGUCUCCGCGCUCGCUGAUUCCACCACAAGCAAACUGAGAAUACUAAAUCUGUGCGGUUCUUCUGUCUCAUUGGAACCGGUGAAGAAAGUUCUGCUCAGGUGUCCGCACUUAGAAUAUUUGAACCUCAGUUCCUGUCGAGCCUUACCUAGGGGGAUGAAACGGUCGUAUGCGGGAAAAGAACUGCAAGAUCUCAAAGAUAGCUUCGAUCCCGUCAAAAUAAAAGCGAAAGAAGAGAAAGACGUUGAAACCACGACACCAAAAAAAGGAACAAAAAAGACUCAACCAGAUUCAAAGUCUGAUACUGAUGCAAAGGAAACAGGCGGUGAUCUCACAUCUGCCUCUGAUACUAAGAUUGAUUCAAAUUCUCUAAAUGAAAGCGAAAGUAAAUCUUUCCAUUUCCAAGAACCCAAAAGUCUCUCCGACGUCGGCUUAAGUGAAAAACUUUCUUCAUCCCUAGAAUUCAUUUCUAAAUCUUCUAUUGAUGGUAAAACCAUAAAUAGUAAGACGAGUGAUUUAUUCACAAGCAAAGACAGUAUUGAUUCUGCCACUUCCGUCCUAGAGGAAAGGAGAUUCACCAGAGACGUUACUCCGAAACUUUUGAGUCCAAUGUCGCAGUCUAGGCCCGAUUCCUCGUCCACGCCGAGGUCAGAAUCGAAAUCAGAUUUUGGUAGUCCCCACUUUAGUCCCGUGCCAAAACCGGACAGUCAAGUUCAGAACAGCCCCGAUGUACAGACAGAGACAAUAAAGAACAAUUCGUGGCAUUUGGGCACUUUCAAAUCAACUCCCACCUACAAGUCGGAAGCGAGUCCUCUCAAUAGAAUAGAUAGCAGUAGUAAAAUGAAGCACAACAAAAUGAUAGAACAAUGCAGUCCGACCACGUCCCUCGAGAACACGAACAAACGCAGUCCUGACGUACAGGGUGUUAAACAGGACAUAAAGAAUCCCAACACUUGGAACUACGGGAAUUAUAGUCCUAUGCCCAGACAAGACAAUCACUUUUCCUCUCAAAGAAGUCCAUACUCUGCUCAACCGAGUCCAGCCCAGCCUAGUCCGUAUUCAACUCAACCGAGUCCCUACUCAGCACAACCCAGCCCGUACUCGUCGCAACCUAGUCCGUACUCAGCACAGCCCAGUCCCGACACUAGUCAAAUAGUCAAGCCAGAUCUGCCCAAGUCGGGAGCUUGGAACACGGGCAACUACAGCCCAAUGCCCAAACAUCAUGCGCCGUUUUCUCCUCAUCCGUCGACCCACACCAGUCCGGAUCCAGGCAUAGGUAUGAAAGCUGACAGCUUAAGAAAUAAUCCAAACAAAACCCCCGGACAAUACAGUCCUAUGUCGCGACAAGAUCGACUGCAUCACAGUCCGUAUUCGCCGAGACCCAGCAUAGAUAAUACAGUUUACAGCAAUAAAAAGAGCCCCGGCGUCGGUAAUUACAGUCCAAUGAUGCGACCGGACUAUCACCUCCCGAGCCCCGACAGAGGUCCGACCUCCCGCACUUCGAUGAGCGGACGAAGUGCUGAACUUUACGCACGGAACGUUUCCAAAGUUCCCGAUUUAUUACAUAACAUACCGCUUCCAGAUAACAGCUGGGGAAUUGAAAAGUUUAAUCAGACAGCCGUCACUCCCACUUCAACGAUAGAAUCUUUAGUGUGGGGUACGCCUUCGUUCAAUGCAGAGCCGCCGUCGACCGUGUCCGGUCGCAGCGAGAACGUUCCCUCCGCGCCGACAUUGAACACGCCGCCGCCGCGGCCUUGGACCGAGUUGCCUUCGUUUGAAUCUAGUGUUCGAAGACUGAACGACAAUUUAAGUGAUCCGUGGAGUGUGGGACAAUUCCGCGUCGAGCCCCCGCACGCCGUGCACAAUCAUUUUGUUGAGCAAAACGUUAAUUUUGAUUCGUUGAGUUCUCAUCAUCUGGGACAUCAGACGCAAUCGCUAUCAAACUUCUUGGACGACGGUUUCUCGGAAACGUCGCGCGUCGACUGACCGUAUUAAAGUGCUUGCAGUAUAGUUUCUCGAAUAAUAUCAACAUUCACGACAUUGUAUUGUUCGAAAACGCAUAUUUCUAUGAAGCGAACACUAGGGUGAUAUAAAUUACAAUUGAUUGAACAAUUAUAUAUAGUUUGUAAAUAAGAUUAUGUAGUUAGAACAUAAGAGUAAGGAAGCUAGUAAAUGCAGUAUGUUUCGCAGGCAUCAUUAAAAUAGUUAAUUAACUGAUAGACUAUCAUCGACAUAGAUAGAAUAUCCCUGUCGUCUGAGUUAAGUUUAAAAUGAGUCUUUAUUUGUAUGCCAAAAUCUUUUUCACUGAGGCCAAAAUAGUUAUAUUUAUUUGAACACAUAUUGUCAUUUGUUGUUAAUGAAAUUAAAUGACAUUUAGUAGUUAUAAUUUAAUAUUUGUUAUAAUUAUGGUCCCUCGAAGUAACAAUUACAAAACAGCAAUAAACAUUCCUUCGUCUCUUGAAUAACAUCACUGUUUAUGAUUUUAAAUUUCUAAAUGCAAUUCUGCAUUAUUAGAUAUUUUAGAAAUUGUUGAUGUGUGAAUGGAUAUUAUAUUGUUGAAAAUAUUUUAUUAGAAUAGGCUCAAAUGAGGUUUAAUAAUGUGCAUAUUUUAAAGUGGGGAAAUGUAAAUUUUAUUUGUACAGCAAUACUUCUCGGUCAAUUUCACAGUCUGUAAUCAUCUUUAUGUUCAAAAACUAUAAAACAUUUUUUUUUUUAAACCUUGCUGACAUCCCUCUUUCAUUAAUGUAAUGAAUAGUUUUGUAUAAUUUAUACAUCAUCAUAAAACUGUUUUUGGCUUUAUCAAAAUUUCACACAUUCACAUUUUUUAUUUGUAUUUACAGUUUCAUAAAGUAGUGGAAAUCAAAUAUACCUAGUCAGGUCAUAAAUUCUGUCACAUGUUUAAUGUAAAAUAAUUGAAACAAGUUUAUUCAUUAUGUAACCAUUCA